AUGGCCUUCGGAAAGCUCUACGGUCUCCCUGAGAACGGUCGCACCAUUGCCUGCCUCGUCGCGGCUAAGGCCAACGACGUUGAGCUUGAGCUGGUCAAGACUGAGCCCAACUCUGGUGCCUCUUUCAACCAGUCUGCUGAGUACACCAAGAUCAGCCCCCUCGGCAAGAUCCCCGCCUUCGAGGGUGCCAACGGCUACACUCUGUCUGAGGUCAUUGCCAUCGCUGUCUACGUGACCUCCCAGAACGAGAAGACCACCCUCUUGGGUAAGACCAAGCAGGACUACGCUUCCAUCCUUCGUUGGUUGUCCUUCGCCAACUCCGAGCUCCUCCCCCGCUUC